UAUACCGGCUCACUUUUGAGGCGCCGUCAUACGCAGUUCGUGCGGGAUAUCAUUUACCCUUGAAACAGGUUUCCUUAACAGCGACAAGCCACCCCCCCCUAAAACCAAAAGUUCAAAAUGGAAGAUGAAAUCGCCGCACUGGUUGUUGACAACGGAUCCGGUAUGUGCAAAGCCGGAUUCGCCGGAGAUGACGCGCCUCGUGCUGUCUUCCCCUCCAUCGUCGGUCGUCCCAGGCAUCAGGGAGUGAUGGUUGGGAUGGGCCAGAAAGACAGCUACGUGGGAGACGAGGCUCAGAGCAAGAGAGGUAUCCUGACUCUGAAGUACCCCAUCGAGCACGGCAUCGUCACCAACUGGGACGACAUGGAGAAGAUCUGGCAUCACACCUUCUACAACGAGCUGAGAGUGGCUCCAGAGGAGCACCCCGUCUUGCUCACAGAGGCCCCCCUCAACCCCAAAGCCAACAGGGAGAAGAUGACCCAGAUCAUGUUUGAGACCUUCAACACCCCUGCCAUGUACGUUGCCAUCCAGGCCGUGCUGUCCCUGUACGCCUCCGGCCGAACCACCGGUAUCGUCAUGGACUCCGGUGACGGUGUGACCCACACAGUACCCAUCUACGAGGGCUACGCUCUGCCCCACGCCAUCCUGCGUCUGGAUCUGGCCGGCCGCGACCUCACAGACUACCUGAUGAAGAUCCUGACGGAGCGAGGCUACAGCUUCACCACCACGGCCGAGAGGGAAAUCGUUCGCGACAUCAAGGAGAAGCUGUGCUACGUGGCGUUGGACUUUGAGCAGGAGAUGGGCACCGCCGCCUCCUCUUCCUCCCUGGAGAAGAGCUACGAGCUGCCUGACGGACAGGUCAUCACCAUCGGCAACGAGAGGUUCCGCUGCCCAGAGGCCCUCUUCCAGCCCUCCUUUCUCGGUAUGGAGUCCUGCGGCAUCCACGAGACGACCUACAACUCCAUCAUGAAGUGUGACGUGGACAUCCGUAAGGACCUGUACGCCAACACGGUGCUGUCCGGAGGAACCACCAUGUACCCCGGCAUCGCUGACAGGAUGCAGAAGGAGAUCACCUCUCUGGCCCCGUCCACCAUGAAGAUCAAGAUCAUCGCCCCUCCAGAGCGUAAAUACUCCGUCUGGAUCGGAGGCUCCAUCCUGGCAUCUCUCUCCACCUUCCAGCAGAUGUGGAUCAGCAAGCAGGAAUACGAUGAGUCUGGUCCCUCCAUCGUCCACCGUAAAUGCUUCUAAACCAACAGACUGUUCCCAUCCCAAACGACCAACCCAGCCACCCGACUACCACUUCAGCUCUGCCACCAGACACACCACCCAGAGAGAGAGAGGGGGCCGCGGAGUGGAGCCCAAACCCAGCUUCUCAGUCUCAUUGGCAUGGCUUCUGUUAUAUUGGCGCUUUUUUUUUUUAGACUCAGGAUCUGUGAGAAAAUUACAACUGGAACGGUGAAACAACAAAGGAUUUUAGUAAAAAAUUUAAGGACCCUGAGAUUCUAUCAUGCAAACUGAGGACUUUAAAAAACAAA